AGUAACACAAGUAUAUAAAGCACGGGAAUAUUGGCUGAAAAUAAAAAACUGGUAAUACAGGAAAACUGGCCAGAGGAAUAGGAAUGAAGGGAAACCCCCACCAUUGCCGGACAGUGAUGGGUGGAGCAAGCAGCAAAAAAUGAUAAAAUGAAACAGAAAGAGACUAAAGACUGGAGAAAACGAAACUUUAAAGUGAGUAAAAAGGGAAGGUACUGGAGGAAGAGGCACAGUGACUGGCGCAUACAGCAGCACUAACGGAGCUCAGACACUAUAUGAUCCCGGGCACAGCCCCACAGGCUGGUGCUUUAAUCAUCGAAAAUGAGGUGUGUGAAAUGUAAUCAUGAGUCUCUUGAGGUGGCACCAAAAUUCUGCAGCAACUGUGCACAUCCCAUGGGUCCCGUAGUUUCAACGGAUACUGAAACAGCAAACCAAGGGGCUGUCAUGGAACUGGAACCUGGAAAAGAAUUAAUCUUAGAAGAUGUAGAUGAACCUUCGUCACUGGAGGAUUUAUCAAUGCAAAAAUCCAAAAAAAAAAGGAAGAAGAGGAGGAAGAAAAGAAAUACUAGCAAGACAUUAGAAGCAAUGGCUUCAGUGACAUGUUCUUCCAGUUUGGAAAGUGAUUCUUCUGCUAAAAAACCUAAAGGGAUAAGUUAUUUCCAGGAUCCAGAAACCAUCAAUGAGCAUACCAAAGAGGAACACACAAGUAAUUCAUCUAGUGACAAUGCAAAAUUGCAGCUAACAGAAAGUGAGCAUACCACUGUAGUUUCUAGCAAUAACUUAAUUCAAAGUGCAGAAGUUGAAACAUUGAAGGCUGAUUGCAGCAGAGGGAAAGAAUGCUUUAUUUCUCAGGAUGCAAAUGGUAAUGAUUUUGAAUACAAGAAUAACUCAAACAGUAGUGACCACGUCACGAACAAGAGAUUCAAGAAAAGCAUUAAAAACAGACCAGAAGACAAUUCAGAUAACAAAGAUGCUUCAAGAGAGCAUAUCAAUAAGGAAUUCCUAAAUGACGGCAGUGAGUGUAUAACCAAGGAAACUUCAAAGGAUACUGAUUCCCGCAGCUGCAUCAUAGAUGAGAAUGCUGCACAAACAAAUGCAGGAGGUAUGCCAAUUAGCAAAAUGCAUCAAGAUAAAGUGGUCUCUGAGGAUCCAGGUAACACUGAAAACAUAAGGGCAUCAUCUUUCACCCCAAAUAGUGAAAAUAAUAAAAUAGAAAAAAAUAAUACUAAUGAACUACUAACAAAGGAAAAUACAUGUAAUAAAGGUGACAGCACUACUAAUAAGAAACAGAAGGGGACUGCUAAAAACAGCAUCAACAAUCAAAUCAGUUCAGGUGAUCUAGUUGCAUCAAAGGGGGAAAUAAAGGAAUGUAAAAUUGUGAACAAGGCAAGCAAGAUACAAGCUGAGAAGUUAACAAAAAGUACAUAUUCCAGCAGCUGUAAUGUAGAAGAUAACUCUGUAACAGCAAAACAGACUGGCACCAUAGACAAAAAUAAAUUGUCUUCAGCAGAAAACAUCAAAACCCAGGCACAGCCAAGUUUCAAAUGUUCAAAUAUGCAACCAGAGUUUGAAAAUAAUGAUGCCAAAACCGACAGCAGUAACAAGAAUGGAGAACAAGAAUGGAGUUCAAUGGAUCCUGAUAAGACCACCAUGAAAAAAAUGGGAGAAACCCAACUGGAUAAAAGAAGUGUAAACAAGUCAAAUUUUGAAGAAGAUAAAGGACAAGCCAAUUCUUCAAGGACGUUCGAACAAGCAGAUGACAUCACGGUAUAUUUUCAUGUAAUUGUUUCCAAAGACUUCAAGCUGAACACUGAAAUCGAUAAAGUGGUUGUGAGGGCAGGCAAAAUGAAAGAAUACAGAGAUUGGGAAGAUACAGUUUGUGAAAUGAAUUUGACACGGGACCUGAAAGAGCAUGGGUUGCUGUAUGAUGGUUGCACUAAAAUUCCAAAGGGAUAUUUGGAUAAAUGCAUCCCAUAUAAAUAUGUAAUUCUAUGGAACAAGAAUGCUCCUGAAUAUGAAUACAUUUACAAAAAAGCAGAAGACCGUAUUAUUGUAAAUCGGGCUCUACUGAUAAAUUCGCAAUAUGUCAUUCAGAAAGAAUGGCAUCAGUAUGAUGAUAUUGUGUGCAUGAAGCCAAUUAAAAGCAUAAUUAAACAAUUCACAAAUUUUUUUAAAAGUAAAGAGGAUGACAUUGUCAAAGGAAAAGUGAUAGCAGGAAAAGUGAUGCUUGAAAGCAUUUUCAGUAUUCUCACCUCUUGUGAUGACAUGAACUUGAUGAACUUUUGUAUCCAGUUGGAGCAGUUUUACUUUGUUUAUAAAGAAUGUCUGGUAUAUGAAAACAUAAAGAAGAACUGGACCUCUCUCGACUUUGGAAAACCUCAGGUAGAUGAUUUAAUCUUGGACAAACUUCGUGACAUAUGUCAACCAUUCCUAAAGAAGCGAUCACUUGAAAAAGCCAUUAUAAAGAACAGACUGGUUUCAGGAUUGAUCUGUCUCAAGGUGGCUGAACAUCACAAGCUUCCUACCAGCAAGGAUGAUCUUGAACAGAUAUGCACUGUUUUGUGCUUAGAGGAAAAGUCCAAGCAAGAAUUAGUUAAUGAAUUGCAGAACGCCAAGAAGAUUUUCUCUGGAAUUCGAGGAAUGGAAAGUUGCUUAAGAAGCCUGUGUCAAAAAUGUAUUGACCAAGGUGUUCAACUCUGGAUACUGGUCCUACCAGUGCUACAUGCAUUUUCAGAUUCACAUAAACCAGAGCAAUCUCCAGCAGUGUCAACACACCAAGAAGAUGUUUGGGCUGGACUGGAAGGCCUUUCAUAUAUCGAUAUCAUAAAGCAAUGUGAAGUGUCUAAAAGUUUUAGCUCAAACAUCCUUCAAAUGAUGAUGAAUAAGAAGUAUUUGUUGCAAGCUGACAGAACUUUGAUCAGGUCCUGGUUGUGCUUGCUACCAGUGGAAAAUUUACCUAAAUGUAUGGAUGGACUUCCUUUAACAUUUUUGGACAUUCUUACAGCAUGUUGCCACUCUUUUUCAAGAGGCCGUUUUGCUACGGAGCAUGUGGAAAUUGUUUUGAAAAAAAUGCUGCUUCUGAUGGACGAUCUUAAAGACAAGAGUCUGGACGGAGGGACAUUCAAAUCAUUAUGCAGUGUCAGUCUUAAACUCUUCCAAAACAUUUGCAAAUCAGUGAUGUACAAUUAUGAACCACAGCUUCUGUGUGCGGAGAUAAUACUAAAACUUGCAAGUCUGCAGGAAAAAUGUGGCUGCCCAGAAGAUCCCCACCAAUUCGAUAUAUUGCAGAAAGCACUGCAUUUGAUUAAUCCGUGGCUUAAAAGAACAUGUGGAGAUAAAAUCCAGUAUUCUUAUUCACUACACAAGGAGUUGGAGAUCUUCGAUCGAUUGAUUAAGGCUGGGGAAAAUGUAGAUCAGAAGUGGAAUGAUAAACUCCUUUUUUAUUUGCGCGAAAGAAUUAAGCAGAACGAACCAGUAGACCAGAUUAAGAUGUUCUGCCGAGAGCAACCGGAGCUCCAAAAACAUCACAUGUCUCUAGGUAAAUGCUUUGAAGACUGUGCCAUUGAAGCUGUUCGCUUGGCAUGUCAGCGUGAGGAAAAUAUACUGGGCCAACUAAUUCAAUACCAUUUAGAAAACUUUAGUCGACUGGUGUCUGCUGUUAUUAAGAAUGCUUGGCCAAAUGAUGAUAGUGGGAAUCCAAUUAAAGACUAUGAUGAGAUUCUACAACAUGUGUUACAGUGGACUGAUGGCAAACAUAUUCUUAAACUAUAUGGUACUGAAAACGUGAAAAUAUCUAAUUUGGAAGAAAAUGUCCAGGAGCUGAUACUUUUAUCUGAGUCUGUGUUUAAUGAUUCAGUAAACAACCUUAUGAGUGGAAAAGUAUUGCAUAAACACCUUCAGUGUAUUUUACAAAAUCAAAGUCAGUUCCUGGAGAUUUGUAAGAUGAAAACUGAAAAGAGUAUAAAUACCUCUGUUAAAAAAGUGUUGGGGUGGAGGCAAGAAGAACUGAAAUCUUUGGAGAGAGAGAAAAUGUUGGUGGGCAGCCUGCUCAAGAUGUGCUGCAAUGUGAAUCAGUGUGUGCAAGUAAAUGUUUCUGAAAUCAAAGAAAGACAGUCUGAAAAUUUGGGACUACAACCGAUGAAUAAACUUUUGACAGUUAAGACAAUAGAAUCGCCUCAGCCACCUGCUUGCAAGUCCUUUUAUAACCUCAGCACUAAUAUAAUGAAUAUGGCUAAUUAUCUGCACACUUAUAAGGAAAGCAGUAUUUUCAUGACCUGCUGGAAGAGACAAGCUAAUUCUCUUAGUGAAAGCAUGCAGAAUGGAUCAGAUGAAUAUGAUGAGAAUUAUGAGCUCACAAUUGAGGAUCUGGAAGAGGAAUUGUUUGCUCCAUGUAUUGAUGAAUAUAGAAGGAUUUAUGAAGACCUUAAAUCUGGCAGAGUGACAUUUGAAGUGGUUGACGGAUUUCUGAAGGAUUACAAUAACCAUUACCAAAAACUGAAGGAUGAGUUGAAAAUCAUGUGCAAUUUGCAUAUUGGAGAUCAAGGGCAGUGGAUUGAUACUCGUGUGAAACAGAUUCAGCAAUAUCAUCAGCUCCAUGUUGCCUUUAAAUCUGCAAGGGUUAUAUCUAAUGUUAAAAACUGCUUAGAACUCUCUGGAGAUUUUGAAACACUGGACACACUACUACAGUUUGCAGAUAAUUUUGAAGAAAGUAGAAAACAGCCUCUCUCUUGUAUCAAUGAGGAAGUCAUGAAGACAAAAGAAGUCCUUUCAGACAUCACUGAAGAACGCUGUAUAUGCCUCAAAGAGCUUGAACUGAGAGAUAAGUUCUAUCACUGGGUCAAAGAAGAACUAACAGAUAUCAAUGAACUGAAAGUCUUUGUUGAAUUGGCUUCCAUUUCUGCUGGGGAGAAUGAUAUGGAUGUGGAUCGAGUUGCUUGCUUCCAUGAUGCUGUCCUCGGUUACUCGUCCCUGCUGUAUGACUUAAGGCCAAACUUUGGAUUUCAUCAGUUGAUGAAGUGCUUGCAGAAGCUCUGGAAGGCUCUAGAUGCUGAUCAAAACCUUCCGAGAAAGCUGAGGGACUCAGCUCGUCAUAUGGACUGGCUAAAAACUGUGAAGGAAAGCCACGGAUCUGUGGAACUGUCAUCUUUGUCAUUGGCAACUACAAUAAACAAGAAAGGCAUAUAUGUAAUCAAAGCACCAAGUGAAAAUAAGCUGGUUACACCAGACACUGUUGUCCAUUUGGAACUCCCUGAAGGAGACGAUGAAAGAAAUGAGGUGCAUUGCUAUUCUCUGGAGGAGCUAAAAGAACUGCUGAAUAAACUUAUGCUAAUGUCUGGAAAAGCAGAUCAGGGGAGUGAUGAAGUUGAAAAGUUUUCUGAGAUAUUUUCCAAUGUACAGAGACUUGUCACUUCUUUUAUUGAUCUCUAUUUGGCUGGAAAUAUACUAUUCAGAAAGUGGGAAGCCUCAAUUUAUUGCUCAGACAAUGAAAAAUAUAGUUUAAAAAUGAAAUUCAAUGUGGAAACACUUGGAGAGUUUGAAGGACAAGGUAAUCUUGCUGACCUGCUCCCAGAUAUUUGUAAAAUGAUGGAGAAUUUGUUAGAUCAGUGGAUGGACUACAUUAAUAAGAAGCGUACCCAAUUCUAUUACCUGAAUUACUACACUGCUGAACAGCUCUUAUAUCUGAGCCAGAAUUGCCAAGCGAGUGGGAUCAGUGAAGAGGCCCUUAUGAUGUUGUCAUUUAUCAGACCUGAAUGUACCAAAGCUGACUUUAUCACUGCUUUCUAUUCUCUGAAAUUUAAUUCAUCACAUUCUUUGAGUCAAGAGAAAAUUAUGUUUGAAUUCAAAGUACAAAACUAUACACAUGUGUUAGAAAAGCUGGAGAUGAUUUGGGAGUUUUUCAUGACAAAUAUGAAUUCUUUGUUUCCUGGAUGUCUGGAUAUUGACACACUUGGGGAAUGCUUGGCAGCACUAGCAAAUACAGCUGAAAAAACAAUUUUCCGCAACCUCCAUUCCAGCCUUCAACAAGGUUGUCCUAAUUUGGUACUAUGUUCUCCAUCUGAAAUUCUAUUGUCUACAGUUGCUGUAUACAUGAACACUCUAAACCAGCCAUUACCUUCGUAUGAUGAAGUCCUCCUCUGUACUGUCCAAACUACUUUUGAAGAGGUGGAAUUAUUUUUCAGGCGAUGCUUAACAACAGGCUACAAUGGGAAGAAGAUCUAUAGCCUUCUCUAUGCUGACGAACUUAGCUAUGAUAUUGCAUAUAAGGCUGAACAGCUGUUUCAACAGUUGCAAAAGCAAUGUGGGCCCAACUACAACCUUGUAAUCCUAUGUAAUUGUGAAAGAGAACACUGUUAUAUUCCAUCUGCCUUUAGUCAAUACAAGGUACAUAUAACACCUCACAAACCCCUUCCAGAUAUCCAGCACUAUUUGGAACAUCAUUUUAAUGUAAAAACUGAUACAAACUCAGCUGCUUGUGUUUUCAAAAAUGGCAUCAGUGCUGGUAUAGUGGCCUCUAAGCGAGCAGGAGUCGGAAAAUCCUUGUAUGUCAAAAGAUUAUACGAAAAGCUGAUGUCCACGUUCCCAAGCAAGAAUCCAAUUCUCAAAAUAAUCAGAAUAAUAAGUCCAAAAGUGGAUGAAACUAAAAUAUUACAAAAGCUUCUUCCUUUUUUAAGCAGAGAAUACAAAAACAAACAGAUUAUUUUCCAUAUUGACAUCACAUCAUCUGUCAACAGUGGAGUUUCAGAAUUUCUCUUUAAGCUUUUUGUACUUCAAUAUCUUAGCGAUUCUGAAGGAAGAAUUUGGAAACGCAAGCAAUGCCACUUGUACAUUGUUGAAAUCUUGGAAUCCUCAAAUGUUAUAUUUCCAAUGCAUACAAAAACUAUUCCCAAUAUAAUUAAGGGACAUUUUAUUGACUGCUUCCCCAAGAUUCUAUGCCUUUCUCCAAAAGAAGUCUUGGCCAAACUGACUGAAAAUCCAUUAACCAAGGACUGUGGAGAUCCAGGGAUGGAUUAUCAAGAAUUCCAGAGUGAAUAUUUUCAAAGACCCUUUCAAUAUUUGAUUCGCUUUGAACAGAGGCAAAAUUUAGACACAUUUACUUACAGAAAAGGAUCUGUGGAAGGAAAUCCAGCAAGAUGUCUGCAGAUAAUCCUAAUGUAUUGUGGAAUAAUUGAUCCUUCCUGGUCAGAACUGAGAAACUUUGCUUGGUUCUUAAAUCUUCAGCUUAAGGAUUGUGAAUCUUCAAUAUUUUGUAACCAUGAGUUAGUUGGGGAUACAUUGCAAGGCUUCAAAAAUUUUGUUGUCAAUUUUAUGAUACUGAUGGCAAAAGAUUUUGCCACACCUUCUUUACAUAUUGCAGAUCAAAGUCCAGGCAGGCUAACAAUGAAUUUAGAUGGGGUUCAGGAAGAAGAACUUGCUCCCUUCUUGAUCCGUAAAAGGUGGGAAUCUGAGCCACAUCCAUAUAUUUUCUUUAAUGAUGACCAUGUGUCCAUGACAUUUAUUGGUUUUCAUCUGCGCAUAAACAAUACUGGAGGUGUAGAUGCAAUUGAUCCCCGAAAUAACAGAGUUAUACGGGAAAAUGUUAUGACUCAGCAACUUUAUCAAGGAUUACAACUUCAAAGAGUACCAUUUAAUAUUGACUUUGACAAGUUACCUAGAGAUGAAAAAAUAGAUAGAUUAUGCAUGGUUCUAGGAAUUCAAUGGCCUUUUGAUCCGGAUGAUACAUAUGAGCUUACAAUAGACAAUAUUUUAAAGAUUUUGGCUAUUAAAAUGAGAUUUCGUUGUGGAAUUCCUGUUAUAAUAAUGGGAGAAACUGGAUGUGGAAAAACCAGACUGAUAAAGUUCUUGUGCAGUUUAUGCAAAGGAUUUGCUGAAACAGAGAACAUGAAACUUGUGAAAGUCCAUGGUGGUACCAGUGCUAAUAUGAUUUAUAAUAAAAUUCUAGAAGCACAGGAAAUUGCCCUUUUUAACAAACAGCAUACAGAAUUCUCCUGUGAUACAGUGCUAUUUUUUGAUGAGGCAAACACAACAGAUGCCAUCAGUAGCAUUAAAGAAGCGUUAUGUGACCAUACUGUAGAAGGAAAGCCUUUGAAGAAAAACUCCGGUCUAAGGAUUAUUGCUGCCUGUAAUCCUUAUCGAAAGCACAGUGAUGAUAUGAUUAAAAGAUUAGAAUCUGCUGGCUUGGGAUACAGAAUCAGAGCAGAGGAGACUAAAGAAAGACUUGGGUCUAUUCCCCUUAGACAACUUGUCUAUCGUGUGCAUGCUUUGCCACCAAGCAUGAUGCCACUAGUAUGGGAUUUUGGACAACUGAAUAAUGAAACUGAAAGGAAAUAUAUUCAACAGAUUGUUCUACGUUUGGCAAAAGAAAUUCAAAUUUCUAGUAAUGACAUCCAAUUAUUAACUGAUGUUCUAUCGGCAUCUCAAUCUUACAUGAGAAAAAUGAAAGAUGAAUGCAGUUUUGUUAGUCUGAGAGAUGUAGAACGUUGCAUAGAGGUCUUUAAAUGGUUUUAUAAUCAUAGUGCACAGUUGGUAAAACAUCUCAAACAAAUGGUGGAAAAAGAGAGAAAGUUUUACAUUACAUCUAAUGUUGUUGCUUGGUCCCUAGUGCUUGCUGUUGGGGUAUGCUAUCAUGCUUCUCUGGAAACAAAAAAAUCCUACCGGAAAGCUAUUUGUAAAUUCUUUCCAGAACCAUAUAGAAAUCAUAGUGAGAUUCUGGAGGAAAUAAGCAGAGUUCAGGAUCUAUUUUUAUCUGGUGUAGAUUUGAGGGAAACCAUAGCUAGAAACCUUGCUUUGAAGGAAAAUCUGUUUAUGAUGGUAAUCUGCAUUGAGCUUAAAAUCCCUUUAUUUCUUGUUGGAAAACCAGGAAGUUCAAAAUCUCUUUCAAAGACAAUAGUUGCAGAUGCCAUGCAAGGCCAAGCAGCUCACAACGAUCUGUACAAGGAUCUUAAACAGAUUCAUCUUGUAUCAUUUCAGUGCAGCCCACAUUCAACUCCCGAAGGUAUUAUAGGCACCUUCAAACACUGUGCCCGAUUCCAAGAAGCUAAAAAUUUAAAGGAAUAUGUUUCUGUAGUGGUGUUAGAUGAAAUAGGUCUGGCAGAGGACUCUCCCAAAAUGCCUUUAAAGACACUGCAUCCUUUGCUGGAAGAUGGAUGCAUUGAUGAUGACCCCAAACCACACAAAAAGGUUGGCUUUAUAGGAAUCUCUAACUGGGCUCUUGAUCCUGCCAAAAUGAAUAGAGGCAUUUUUGUGUCUCGGGGAGAUCCACACAGAGAUGAACUUAUUGAGAGUGCUACAGGAAUCUGCUCAUCAGAUAAAUUGAUCCUUGGAAAAGUUGAAGCCUACCUUCCUGGCUUUGCAGAGGCAUAUCAAAAACUCUGUGAAACUCAAAAGAAACAAAAAAAGGAAUUCUUUGGGUUAAGAGAUUUCUAUAGUCUCAUAAAAAUGGUGUUUUCCUUUACCAAGCGUUCUGAGAAUGAACCGAAUGCUCAAGAAGUUGCUAGGGCUGUAUUGAGGAAUUUUAGUGGCAAAGAUGAAGUUGAUGCUCUGUCUGUGUUUAUUCCAGAAGAGGACAUGAAAUAUAUUAAGGAAAUUAAUACAAUUGACUUGGUGAUGGAGAAUAUUAGAAGUGAUAAUGAUGAUACUGAAUGCCGCUACCUUCUUGUAUUGACAAGAAAUUAUGCUGCUUUGCAGAUCCUUCAGCAGAAAUUUUGUACAGAAACCAAACAACCUGAAGUGAUCUUUGGAUCUGGUUUUCCAAAAGAUCAAGAAUAUACUCAAAUCUGCAGAAAUAUAAACCGUGUUAAAAUUUGCAUGGAAACAGGACAGAUGGUAAUUCUUCUUAAUCUGCAAAAUUUGUAUGAAAGCCUUUAUGAUGCUUUGAACCAAUACUAUGUCUAUUUAGCAGGACAAAAGUAUGUUGACUUAGGGCUUGGGACUCAUCGUGUAAAAUGCAGAGUGCACCAAAAUUUCCGAUUAAUAGUCAUUGAAGAAAAAGAAGUUGUAUACAAAGACUUCGCUAUUCCACUCAUCAAUAGACUUGAAAAGCAUUACCUGGACAUUUAUACAGUCUUGACUAAAGAGCAAAAAGCCAUUGUUGAAGAACUAAAAGUUUGGGUAAAGGAUUUCAUCACUGCCAAAACAGGGAAUUUUAUGGGUGGACAGCAGGACUACAGUGACUCUGAUGUUUUCAUUGGUUACCAUUCAGAUGCUUGUGCCUCAGUCAUUUUGCAAGUGACAGAAAACCUGAAACAGAACUCUCCUUAUACUGAAAAUAUAACUGAGGUUAAGAAGGCUGCAAAAUCUACAUUGUUGAACUGUACUACUCCAGAUGCUGUUAUUCGUCUAGGGAAUAAAGAUUUGACUGAUGAGUAUUUCAAAAUUCAGAAGCAUAGUUCUCUAUUGGAAUUUCUCUUUGACCACGCCAACUCAAGAUCUGAUCAGCCAGUAGUGUUCACUGAGAUCACCACAUUUUCACGUCUUCUUACAUCUGCCGAUAGAAAGAUACUGGAAUUGGAAUUCAAUAAGCAGAUCAAAAGCAUUGAAAUUUUAUCUUUACAGCAAUUUGACACGGAAAAUUCUUUCCUUAAACAGAUCAGGAGUUCUCUAGAAUGUACAGCUGGGAAACACAUACUUAUCAUACAGACUGAUUUUGAAAAUAGUUCUCAGGCUCACUUGGUUGCCUCUGCCAAGUAUUCAUUAGUUAAUGAAAUGUUCAAGAUAAAUCUUAGGGAAAUAUCUGUGUUUGUCUAUUUUAUCACAAAACUUCAGAGAAUGCAAGGUGGAACAUCGUAUACUGGAUUCCGCGGAGGUCUGUGGCAGUCUGUGCACAUAGAUGAUUUAAGGAAAUCAAAUUAUAUGGUUUCUGAUAUAACUGCACUUCAGAGCCUAACAAUAAGCCAGCUAUUUUGUGAAGUGCCAAGUCCAGAGAUGAUGGAGGUGACUCUUAGAGAGCCUGUGGAGAGCAGUAGAAAGGAAAACCUUCAAGAUACUGGAAGAGAGAUGGAUGUGGAAAUGUUUCAAGAUGAUAAUGAAGCUCCCUGUGCAAUGGAUAUUGAGGAAAACAAUGCAGACGCAGCGAUGGAAACUGAGAGGGAAAGAAACUGGAAUAAGACAGAAGCAGAAAUGAGAGCUACAAAGAUAUUGGCCUGUCAAGAAAUACUAGACACCACCAUGCUAAUCAGGAGCUGUUUGCAGAGUGCUAUUGGAAUGCUUAAGGAUGAUGAUAGCAUUGUUAGCCGCAGUACAAGGAGGAUUGAAAUUCUUAUAACUAUGUUGAGCACAGAAGACCAGCUGAAAGCCUCCUUCCUGAAAAUACUAAAGGUUCGUCUUCAGGGUAUGCUGGAAAACCAGGAAGGGAAUGCAAUCAGCUUUUCAGCAGAAUGGGUUGUAAGAGAGGCCUCUAAUCCAGAUGCGCUGCAAGAAGCAGGCACUUUUAGGCAGACAUUGUGGAAACGUAUCCAAAGAGCUGUGACACCAUUUUUGGCUCAGAUUUUGUCUGUUGUUGAUUUGGAUGCCAACCUGGAAAUUCUAGUGGAUCCAGAUGUGGAUGACUUUAUGAGAUUACUGUGGAUGUUUAUUUUCAGUAAUCAGAAGCUUCUGAAUAUUUCCUGUAAUCAAAAUCACAGUUCUCAAAAUGACAACAUAACAGUUAUGAAAAACUAUAUGAACAUUUCUCUUUGUAAGGGAAAUUAUGUACCUUUCAGCUGGAAAAUAAAAGAUUAUUUAGAAAACAUAUGGGCACAGGCUCAAUACACAUGUGGCAUGGAAGCUGUUGAAAUGAAAUUUGUGAGUAUCUUUGAUAAAGGUCCAUUAGGAGAGUACAUUUCCAGCUGGAAGGACAGUGAGCGCCAAAAGUUGCUUGUGUGCUAUCAGAGAGACUUCAUCCUUCUGACCAUGAGUAUGACCUCUGUUCAAGAGUUAGAAUUUAUGGAAUUUGCAUUUUCAUCAUGCAUUGAGGAUUUCAGAGUAUCUAAAGGCAUUGAAGAGGUUUCUUUGCCAUGGGUGCAUCUUGCUUUUAAUAAGUUUCAACAUAGGCUGCAGACUUUUUCCAGGAUCAUUGCCAUUAAUCCGAACGUUUUGGAUUCUCUAGCCUCAAAAAUUAAUGAACUGAAAUCCCCUACGAGCAGCGAGAUGAUUCUUGAUAUAUUUUCUGGUAUCGCCUGUCUAGAAAUACUCAAAAACACCUUGGUACAGCCGAACCCGCAAGCAUGGUUGCGUAAAGUAAAAAAUAUUCAAGUGCCAAUUGAAAUAAUUUGUUCAGAGAAUUACAUACAGGACUCCAGUUCUUGGAGCAAACAGGCAAUUGAAAAUAUAAGAGCUGAAUGGAACUGUGUGUUUUCCAUGGCUUUGUUUGUAGAACAUGUAUUAAUGGAUGAAACCACUCAGAGUUCAGAAAUGCAGACACUUUUAAUAGAGAAAACAAGAUUAUUGGGCAAGUGUCUUGAAGAAUUUACGGACUUAAAAUCUCAAAGACCAUUCCAGGUAGUCAUUGAUGUCCUUAAGAAUUGCAGAGAAGCAUUUGGCAAAUCAGUAAUAAGGUUUGGUGUCAGUCCAUGUCCAGUCUGCCAAGAUGACCCAAAAGAUCCAGUGUGCCUGACAUGUGACCAUGUUUACUGUCAGUCUUGUAUAAGCCAGUGGCUAGACUUGGGUCACAAGAGCUGCCCCUUGUGUAAAACUGAACUUCCUGAAAACUUUAAUAUAACUGUGUCUGCGAAGCACAGAGAAGCCAUAGAAAGAAAUGCUAACCUUCGACAAAAGUGUGAUGGAUUUUUCAUUGAUGUAAUAUGUACCCUGUGUUUCAAGGACAGCACACCCCCUGACAAAGAUGUCAUUAUCCAACUUCUUUCAUUGCUUAUAACUAACAAAGAGUGUCUUAUUGGCAAAUCAGGUUCCAAGAAUUAUACAAAAAGCCUUUCACCCUUUGAUGAGUCUGUGGAUAAAAACCCAGUGAUCCGGUCGGUGGUUCUUAAAUUGCUCUUAAAGUACAGCUUCCCUGAAAUAAAGAAUUAUAUUCAAAGAUAUUUAUCUAGUGUGCACAAAAGUGUAAUGCUUAGUAAGCAAGACAUUAGAGAAGUUUACAUGCUGUUUGUUAGCUGCCUCGAGGAUUCUAUGUAUGAAAAAAAUCUGUCUUCUGGUGAAUACAAUAAACACUUGUACCUCAAACAUGAAGAACAUUUUCUACAGCAGUACCUGAAAAGCACAAAAGGCACUGCACACAAGGAGUCAUCUGUUGAAUUUCUCAGCGGCAUUGCAAGAAUUAGGCUGGCCCUGGAUGUUGCAGCUGAAAUAUUUUUUGAAGUGCAGUCUGAUGGGGCCAACAACGUCUUGCAGGAAGUAAAGAAAUUCUGCGCACAAUCUGAUAAUGACUGGUACAGAGUAUAUUUAAUACGCAAACUGGCAAAUCUGCAUGGCAUAGAAGCAGUACAGAAGUAUUUCAAAGAUAGAAAUUUUAGAUGGCUUUUUCCUCCUCAGCUUUUUCAGAAAGAGGAGGACCAUAUCAACCAAAUUGACAUGUUGUUGGUGUAUGGAAACAACUACAAGUUAUUGAGAGAUGGCAUUGGUAAAGCCCUGAUUGAAUGUAAAGAAGAGAGUAUCAUAACAGCUCAAAAGGAUUGUAAAAGUCCGGAUUACGAACUUGCUGCCACUCUGCUUCUGGCGAUUUUCAAGGAAAUAACUAUGCAACAUGCUGUUGUAAAUAACAGAAAUCAAGUUCCAGUUCCUGGUCACUCAACUGUGAUUGCAUUUAUCCAGAAUGCCAGAGUUCACCAGAAUGAUGCUAUAAAGCAGUUUGUACAAUCUUUACUAAACAACAGCCGGCCAGUCCUGCGUGUUUAUCCCAAGAUGUCUGCCAUACAUAGCGCUGUUGUUGGACUAGCCAUGCAUGCUGCUGCUGUUCUCUUACCUGGGAAUAAUAAAUAUCUUGAGCCUCUAAGGAACCUGGCAUUUUUCCCUGAAAAAAUGCAGAAUUCUUACCUACCGACAAUGCCAGAAGACUUGCUGGAAAAAGCAAAAACAGCUGUUCCAAAUAUGCGCUGGUAUGUUUGUCCGCAAGGUCAUUACUGUGCAGUUGGAGAGUGUGGUCAGCCAAUGCAAACUAGCCGCUGCAUUGACUGUGGUGCUGCAGUUGGAGGCGAGCAGCAUAUGCCACAUGCAGGAUUUACUGUGGUGAAUGAUCAAGGUGACAGAACAAAGACAGGACAUAUAUUGGGAGAUCCAGACCAUCGGGGAGCAGACAUUGCUUCAGACAGAGGAUUAACUACACCAGUAUAUAUUCUGCUGCGGCUACUGACUCAUCUGUCAAUGAUCUUAGGAGCUGAAAAGAAUAUGCAGAAUAUACGGAACAUUUUAAAUCCACAAGUACAAGAUGUUGCAUUGUUCCUUUUACGACACAUUACAAGAGACCUGGAGCUUCUUAAGAAAAUUCUUGGAAAGAGUGCUGACGAGACCACCAUUGUAGUCCAUCUCAUUCUCUGCCAAAUACCGAGAAGCUCCCAGCAGCCAGGGACAUGGCCUGUGCAUUUUGAUGAAAAAUUGUCCACAAAAAAUGGAAGGAAUAACUGGGAAAAACAAAUGGCAACAAUAAUUGAACCCACGAUUCAAAAUUUAAACCAGAUGCUUUUGGAAGUGAAUAACUACAUUAGAAAAGAUGAAAGAAUAAGUUCCAACCCAAUAGUAAAAAUAGUGUAUGGUGACCCAUUAAUUAAUGGUGAUCCAAUGACCUUGCCAGAAGACAGUGAUGUACAUUGUUCCAGAAUUUGGAGUUGUCGGAAAAGGAUCUCCAUUGAGAAUUUACGCCAUGUAGUUCAACAAAAAAAUGGCAAGGACGUUCUUCCAUUAUUAUGGACCUUCCUGGAGAAAGAAUCUGAACUCAGAAUGGUAAAGCACUUGGCAGAAAUCUUAAAUCUUCAAAAAGAAUUAAUUAAAUAUUUUCAAAACUCCAGCCACAUGGAACUUAAGACCAUAAAUGAUUUUUUAGCAAGCAUACUUUCAGAUGGGGCUCGGCACAUCUUUGACAAGCGCAUAAAAAUGUUUUUGUUAACUUGGAAUAAACUAAGGGAUUCAGUAUAUGCGAACAGUGACAUUAAACUUGCAAAAGAAAUGUGUGAUUCUGACCUUACAGAGGAGAGUGCUUUUGAAUUUAUAUUGCCUCGUCGACGUGGUAAGGGGCUGUGUGCUACCGCCUUGGUCAGUUACCUGAUCUCUCUGCACAACCAUUUUGUCUACGAGGUGGAAAAAUACCUCAAUGAUGAACAAAAGUACUCUAUCAAGGCUUCAGAUGUUCUGGAUGUUCAUGUGAUUGGCUAUGAUUUGGAAAAGGAUUUAAUGCCUAUAAUUCUAUCCAACUGCCAGUAUAGUGUGGAGAGUGGGGGUGAGACAUUGCAAGAGUUUGACCUCAGAAAAAUACAGCGGCAAAUUACAAACCGCUUUCUUCAAGGAAAACCUUUUAUCAAGGUUAUUGGACUGCCAACUUUUACCCCAUCACACGAUCGUAACUUUGAGAACAUAUUUAUGGAUGUGAAGAAAAAACUAUCUCAGGAACCUUUACCAAAUUCAGCCAUUAACGUUAUAUGCAGAGACCUAAAUUCAUACAGCGAUGUCUGUGAGGCCCUUCAUAUUACUGAGGUGACACUGGGAUUUUUAGCGAUGUCUGGUGGCAAUGAAGAGACUUUACUGACAACAUAUGUAGAAGAGAUUUUGCAGAUGGCAGACCAGAUUAACCUACAUAUACUAGAGGCACUGAAACGUUGUCACCUCAAACACAGCAUAGCUCUUUGGCAGCUUCUCACUGCCCUGAAGUCUGAGCACCUUCUUCGUCUUAAAAUGGAUCCAUUUGAUGACGUGGAUAAAUCCUAUAAGCAACACCUUAAUAAAGUGAGCCAGCAACAACUGAAUCAGUUCUUGGAGCAGAAUGGAACAACCCUUUUUCUUCUCGAGUUGCAUGAAAUGAUCAUCUUAAAGCUUAAAGGAAAACAAUAUACAGAUGCAUUUAAACCUGCAUGGAGCUUAAGAGACGUAUUGGGACCAUUACUUGAUGCAAAAGACCAGCCUUUUCCAGAAAUGGAUUCUGAUUUCCCUGAACAGAUUUCCUUGGCUCACUGUGUAGAGGCCUGGAAGGUGGCAGCUGCAAGAAAUUGGAAUAGGUUACAAAAAUAGAUUCCGACUUACAAUAUGGGAUUACUUGUUGGUUCUCGAGGGUUACUAACAUAGAUUUCACAAACAUUCCCAUGUUUCAGAAAAUAUUUAUUUUAGCUCAACAUUGCUCGAGUACUAUCUAUUUUGUGGCAGUAGGGCUAAAUUAAGUAUUAUAUCCUACUGAAAUAUAUAAUAGGUGAUACACAGGAACAGCUUUUUGCAUAAAAUAAUGACCUAUAACACUCCAUCAGAUUUUCAGGCUUCAGUAUAAUUGCCUUGAAAUUAGUAUUGUCAAAGGCUUCUUGGACCCAAUAAUUUAAUUGAAGAAUCCAAGUGACAUGUACUGCUUCCUUCCUUGUUGAAGCCAAAAUGGAACCUUCCCUUUCAUUACUUCCGUAGUAACAGCUUCAGCGUUAAACAGUUAUUGUAACAAUAUUGACUCGGCUCUAAUAUUCCUGUAUUUGGGCUGAACAUGGAUCACUCUGCAGGCAUCUGAAACUUGCUUACCAUGCAGGGCCACAACUAGGGGUAGGCAAGGGUGCACCAUUGGUGGGAUUGCUAGGCCUGUACCUCUUAUGUCUGCCUACCCCUAGUCUGGGCCCUAGGUGAGAGAAAGAGGGUCUGGUGCUGACAAGCCUGUCAUCCCACCACCACCGUCACAUAUCAACUUGCAGGGAAGGUGCAGAAUCCUGGCCAGAUUUGCCUAGGGCACCCUGCCACUGUGGCCUGCCAUUGUUACCAUAGAAAGUUAAUUUAGUGAUGGUACCGCACAGAUGUUUCUUAAUGCUAUGAUACUGCUUGUGUAUGUAUAAGGAUAUUUACUCUGAUGUAUGCAUUUCUGAAACCAAUACAGUUUCACUCAGGUAUUUAGCAUUGCUGCUCAUUUUCAUCCAGGAAAUCUUAUCAUGCUUAUGUUUUUGAUAUGUAGAUAGGUAGCAAUGGCCUAUGUAUAAAUCAAUCUCACAGUUCAGUUUAGAUCACUUCUGCUUUGCCUAGCUAACACAAUUAAUAGAAUAUUGUCAGUAUGCCAAUUAUUUUGUCAUAUUGCUUCAGCGUUCCAUUAUUAGAAUACUAUAUUCAUUAAAUAUUACUCCGAUGCAGACGUAAUUGUGCCUUGCUAUAAUAAAGUUUACAGUUAGAGCAGGGGUAGCAAACAAGUAGUACAUUUGUAUGAUCAUUCAUAUCAAUAAUAAUAGUAGGAGGUGGCUACCCCCAAUUUAAAAAAUACUGCACAAUCAAAUCUGGAGUUGUUCCCUCAGAUUCUUCUAAAUAAGAACUUUGAAAAAGCACUCCAGUUAUACAGGGCCUUUUUUCUGCUGCUAUUGUCUGACUUAGAGAUCAGAAUUUAUAUUCAUUGGCCAUAUAAAGAGGUAAUCUUGUAACUUUUAUAUUACGCUUCAUACUUGUAUGACAAUUUAUAUCCCUUAUAAGGUUAAUUCAUUAAAAUAAUAUGCUAACAUA